UAUUUUACAUCGUGGUUAUCAAAUUUCAAUUUGUCAUUUUUGGAAAAGUUCUCCUUUCGGAAAUAUUGAAAGUUGUAUUGGAAUAAUUCGUGUAAACCUGUGAACAGUAACCCAGUUCAUAAAGCUUAAUGGCUUUUCCAAAUACCAAUGCGCAAACCGAUGUGACCAAAAAGAUUCUGGAGGAUAUACAAAUAAAAAAACAGCUUUUGCAGAAAGGAGUUAGUCCAGUUGCGUCUACCAUCAAUUCAUCGGCAGGCCUUACAAUUCCGCAGUACAUCCAAGCAAACAGUCUAGCCCAGACUACUCAACAAACUGAAAGUUCAAUCAACGCAACUGCUAAAGCUGUGUGGAAUCAAGCUCUCAGUCAGUCAAACGGAUUUUUUAUUCCUCAAGACUCUUUGUUUGGGAACAGUAUUAUUCCAGUAAUACCCCGAUUUGAAAAUACAACCACAACAGGUAGUGGUAGUGGAACUGCAUCAAGUAGUCCCACAUCAUCGCAUAAAUAA